UCAGGCAGAGACGCCAAGCUUUGGGGGCUGGGACAGGCUGGUGACAAGAGGAUCCGCUGAGUCAAGGCGGGCAGAGUUUGGCCAAACGCCUGAGGCACCUCCAAUGGAUUUGUGAUCAGCGUGGGCAGCUCUCCCAGCAGCCCUGGACAGCAGCCCAGGCAUGCGGCUACCGCGCGUCUCCGGCACUGUAGUGACUGCACUCCUGCUGGCGCAGACCUGCCUUCUGCUCUUCCUGGUCUCCCGACAAGGACCGUGGUACCCAGCCGGCGGCAAGCAGCGUGUGCACGUGUUGGUGUUGUCCUCUUGGCGCUCAGGCUCAUCCUUCGUGGGCCAGCUCUUCAGCCAGCAUCCAGACGUGUUCUACCUGAUGGAGCCCGCGUGGCACGUCUGGGCUGCCCUGUCGCAGGGCAGUGCUCCAGCGCUGCACAUGGCUGUUCGCGAUCUGGUGCGCUCUGUCUUCCUGUGCGACAUGGACGUGUUCGACGCCUACCUGCCGUGGCGCCGCAACCUGUCAGACCUCUUCCAGUGGGCGGUGAGCCGCGCGCUGUGCUCGCCCCCCGCCUGCAACGCCUUCAGUCGCGACGCCAUCAGCAGUGAGGCUGUGUGCAAGCCACUGUGUGCGCGGCGGCCCUUCGGCCUGGCCCAGGAGGCCUGCCGCUCCUAUAGCCACGUGGUGCUCAAGGAGGUGCGCUUUUUUAACCUGCAGGUACUUUACCCGCUACUCAACGACCCAGCGCUCAACCUACGCAUCGUGCACCUGGUGCGCGAUCCAAGGGCGGUGCUGCGCUCCCGAGAGCAGACCGCCAAGGCGUUGGCGCGCGAUAAUGGCAUAGUGCUGGGCACCAACGGCACGUGGGUGGAGGCCGACCCCCGCUUGCGCGUGGUGAGCGAGGUGUGUCGCAGCCACGUGCGCAUAGCUGAGGCCGCCCUGCACAAGCCGCCGCCCUUCCUGCAGGGUCGCUACCUCCUGGUGCGCUUCGAGGACCUGGCGAGGGAGCCGCUGCGCGAGAUCCGCGCACUCUACGCCUUCACCGGCCUGAGCCUUACGCCGCAGCUCGAGUCCUGGAUUCACAAUAUCACGCACGGGUCGGGGCCCGGUGCGCGCCGAGAGGCCUUCAAGACCACGUCUAGGGAUGCACACAACGUCUCCCAGGCCUGGCGCCACUCGCUGCCCUUCAGCAAGAUUCGGCGCGUGCAGGAGCUGUGCGCCGGCGCCCUGCAGCUGCUGGGCUACCGGCCCGUGUACUCUGAGGAUGAGCAGCGUGACCUUAACCUGGACCUCGUGGUGCCUCGCGGCCCGAGCAGCUUCAGGUGGGCGUCGCCCACCGAUGAGCACUCCAAGCCUUAGCGGAGGACCCUAGUUGCGACAGUAGUUUGGGUGCCGGAGGAGCGUGUAAGAAAGAGACGUGGACAGGCUCAUCGCAUGGGAAAGUAGAGUCAGCCACCAGAGAAGCAGGGAGAGUCCAGGAUUCUCCCCUGUACUAGGAAAGAACCAAGUCUUUCUCCCCGAUUCUCGGCUUUCUUUCCUUUGAGCCCUCUUCAGGAGCUGAUUUCCCUACACGUAUGCUCUUCACGGAAAGCAAAACUCUCAUCCCACUUCCCUUGGGCACUACUCAAGCAUUUUCUUUCCCCUUGAUUCUUUCCUCCCUUGGGACGCUCUACGCAGUAGUUGAGAAGGACAUCUAGCUCUGGCUGGGAAUGGAGGGGCACAGCAGUGAGCUGGCUCCUGAAGUUUGUACAUCAUCUCGUGCUGCCCCCGCCCCAUAUGCAUCCUGGACUCCGUUCCCCGCGCCUUCUGCACCAUACUUCAUCAAAGCCACAGGUUAUUGUCACCUGUAUCUUUAGUGAGAAAUCAGAGAAGAUGCC